UGCCUUCAGGUACGACGAGCGCACGGCCGCCGCGUGCAGGUAGUCUCGUGUUCGUUCUCUGCGAUUCAACGCGAUUCACCGGGCUUCGACGCCGACGCAACAUUUUGCAACGGCAGAAAAACCAGAGGGUUGAAUUCUAUCAAACGCCGAUAUCGCGUCCAGGUUUCUUCUGUGUUUUCAGUGAACGCGAAGAAACGAAGUUCGAGCGUGUGCGAAGACUUUUCUGAAUACUUGAAAUCUUUGCUUCGAGACAUCUCGACGAAAGCUGAGACUGAUUUUUCUAACGAUAGUGGAAGGAACGAGAUAUCGUUGAUGAUCGUGUUUAGCGGAGACAGUUAAUUGUGCUUGUGAUCCUUUAAAAAAAACGAGAUCGGUGCACAGUGGAGCGAGGAAACAUCACGACCGAGACGUGAAACGUGGAAAGUUUAAUCUGGGCUUUCGCGAAUAAUUUAUAGCAAAUCGAUGCGACCAAGUUUAAAGCUUUCAGACGACACACUCUCCGAUUUGGAUUCGCAAGUUUCAAGAAAGAACGCGUGAACUAGAAGCUACCUACUAUGUGGAAUGUUCGCAAUUGGCCCCAGUCGUUUUGAUUUUCAGACUCACGUCGAGAGAGAACCGUUCUCGUAGCCCCGGAGAAAAGUAUAAAUUCGAGAUUAGGACGUCGAGCAGUGGUUCUCGGGAGUUAACGAAUGUCGAGGCGUCAUCCUCGAUCGAGAUGCGCCGCGAGGAAUCUGCACGGAACCAUGUCGGCGAAGGAACGGAGCACGUGGCACGCUGAAGUGGAACGAACGAGCCGAGGGAGAGACGCAACGAGUCGUUAACGCCCGGAAGAGAGGCUCCCCUUGCCGAUUCGUCGGGAAUAUACAUAUUCUAAAAUAUUCGCUUCCUCGUUGCACGGGAACACAAUGGGCCGAUGAUUUUCCAUCGUGAAACUCGCGAAAGGGGAGGGAAGAAAAUGCAAAAAUCAUUAAACACCGUAUAAUCGCGCGUGGAAAGAAAGAAAGAAAGAAAAAAAAAAACCGUUUUAUCGAGGCGAAUCUGCUCCCGGGGCGAGUGAAUCUUCCUCAGCGAAUUGUUUAUCAGCGAAUAAAGUUCCCAGGCGUCGACGACGUUGGCGGAAGAGGUGCUAGAGGAUUUAUUCAAAGCGCGAAACAGCACCGGCGUAGAUCGAACCCGCGGUGACUUCACUUGCCAAACGAGUUUCACGUUUUUAAUCGAGUCUACGACUCGUCUGGCAACGGGUUCUCUCUCGGUUGUGCGCCUGCACAUCCGGCAUGCAACUGCCUGGACACGAAUCAUCCUGCUUGGGAUAUUCGCCGAUGGUGGCUCAUCUGCCGAGGAGGACUACUACUCUCUUUCACAACGCGGCCACCUGUUUCCCGUCCGGUGGCGUUUCUUCUCUGCCUGCCUGCCUUUCCCCUCCAGCCAGCAUCGCGUCGUUCGAUCGUCGAACGUUGCGUCCUGCAAUCUAAAAUCGACUGGAAUAAAUCGACUGCAGUGGAGAUUUUAAUUUGUAGAAUUAGGUGGCGAAUUGUGAGAGGUGGCAGAGCGAGAACGAUCGACCGGGGUGGGAGUUUAAUUAAAUCGUCUCGAACUGCGCGCGACCAGCGAAUUCAUCUGUGUUUGCGGAGCGAGAUUAAAACGGGAAGUUGGCAAGGAAGUUAAAAUAAUUGGUAUCGGAAGUUUGGAAAGUCGUGCUCAGUUUGCAAACUAACGCUGGAGGGAAUGUCAAUUUGCUAAAGAAAUCGAAGCGGCAAGGAUAUUUAAAAGCUGGAUGUAUUUAUUAAUCGAAGAAUCUGGAACGUCGUUUUUAAUUUGUAAAGCGAUGCCAGGAAAGCAAAAGUCGAGAAUUAAAUUGCCCGAGUAAUCGCACUGUGACGAUUUUAAUUUGGAAAGUGAAGCUGAAGUGGACGCAGACGGUCGGAAAUUUUCAUCAAUCUCCGCCCUACGAGUCGAUACUGAAAUAAAACGUUACCGAAGAAGCUAAGAACUAUUCGAGAAAAUUACAACUACUUUACUACUUUUGCAUGUUUCUCAUUUCGUCGCUCUGAGCUGAAAAUUAAAAGAAAGAUAUAUAUAAUCGAGGAAAUUACGACGGCGGUGUCAGAGCCAAGGGACACAAAAAAGAGGAAGAGUGUGGCUGCGUGUGGCAAGUGCAACGAGUGGAUCGAGCGGGCUAACGAAUCGCUGUGUGUAGACACACUGCAAACAGAACUAUCUCUCUACGAGUGAGAAUUUGUAUUUGCUGGAGGCCAGUCCAUAGAGACGUCGCUCGUUAUCUCGAUUUCCAAACGCAAUUUCGUGCCGCGUGUUGCGUUUCCAUGGUGUGUUGGAGCUUAGUGGACUUUGGAAAAAUUUCGUUGAACGUACGUUGAGUUCAAACGAGACAAUAUUUAGUGAAGGUUAAUUGUAAUUUGUUCAAGUUUCCUCUCUUUGGAAUACUUUCAGAAUUUUAUCUACGAUAUACUCGACAGAAUCUUGGCGAGAAGAAAUUUUGAGACUAGUGCACUUUGAAUUAAAUCAAUCAAUCAUUAGAUUUCUGAACGGACUCGUUGAAUUCAAGUUCUGAAACUUGACUUUAAAAUGAAACGAGGACGAUUACGUAUCACUACGUUGAACCAAAGAUCGUAGAACAGAAUGUCGUUGAUUUCGCGGGAUUUCCGGAGGAACGUUUGAGUAUCGUUCGAGUGUCGUUUAGUGGAGACUCGUGUGCAAGAUCGGCACGAUUUCGAGUUACGAUGAAACGAAGACACUUGUGAGAGCCAGUUUCCGCGGCCGAGAGAUAAUAUCGCGGAAGAAAAUGUUGAAGUGGAUAAAGGUUCGCCAGGACGCGUCGGCGAACACGCCGACGCCGUUGGAUCACGGGAAGAAGGACGAGAUGGUGGCAAAAGUCGAAGCUGAAGAAGCGGCCAGAGAGGAUGAGGAGGACAGCGGUAUGGAGAGGGAGGACACACCGUCCAACAUCGAGUUGAACCAUCUGCGAAAAGACCUUUUCUCGCAGCUGCAGUUUUCGCAAGAGAGCGCGCUACCGCCCGACACGCUGCGCCGCGCACUGGCCGAGAGCUUUCUCGAUCAGCAGAGGUUCCAGCUCGGAUUCAUGGACGACGCGGCAGAAUGUUUCGAGAACAUUCUUCUGCGUAUACAUCUUCACAUAGCGAGCGGGGAGGCGGAAGACAUGUGCAGCGCGAGACACUGCGUGCCGCAUCAGAAGUUCGCCAUGACGCUGGUCGAGCAAAGCGUUUGCGGAGCGUGCGGCGCGACCUCGGAGCCUCUGCCUUUUACACAGAUGGUUCAUUACGUGUCAGCGUCAGCGCUGACGUCGCAGGCGCGGCAAACGCCGCCGAAUUCUCGAACGAGUCCGGAUCUGUUCGGCCAGCUAUUGCGGCGAGCCGGAGGCAUGGGCGACAUCAGGGACUGCCCGAGCUCGUGCGGCGCGAAAAUCCAAAUCUGCCGGACCCUGAUGAACCGACCGGAAAUCGUUUCCGUCGGUGUCGUGUGGGACAGCGAACGGCCAUCGUUGGAGCAUAUCAUGGACGUUUUCGCAACCGUGGGAACGUCCCUCAGAUUGAGCGAUGUUUUCCACAGCGUGGUGGACUCCCGAUGGGGUGCCUCGACCGUGCACAAUCUCGUCGGAGUAGUCACGUAUUAUGGAAAACACUACUCCACUUUCUUUUUCCACACUAAACUGAAGGUGUGGAUUUACUUCGACGACGCGACUGUGAAGGAAAUCGGGCCGCGUUGGGAGCAGGUGGUGGAGAAGUGCAGAAGAGGCAGAUAUCAGCCGUUACUUCUGCUCUACGCAACUCCUGGCGGAACGCCGGUGAACACGGAAAACGCGCCGAAAACCGUGACGCCUUUCCCGAAUGGAAAUGGACUGAAAACACCGCCGAAGAACAACGUUCGGCGAUCGAUCACGCCCAGCCCGGAGAAACCAUUGAUCAAUAGUACUGCCAGACGUGCCAUCACACCGAAUCCCGACAGUCCCCCUCACCCUUACACGCAACGCAGAAUCUACAGUGACUAUCAGAAUCUGACGGAUAUUCAGAACAACAUCUUUGGAAAUCAGGGCGUUGACACCGUCGACGGUGAAGCGGAGUCGAAGUACAUCAGCCGACGCGCGGUGGAGAACGUGAUGCAGCAACAGAAGAAGCAGCAAAUGCAACUGACGCGCAGCCUGAGCGCUGGCUCGACGCCGCAGGACGCCAUCAGUAUCCCUGAUCACUUGAACGUACCGCGGAGACGUGAUUCCGGGAACUGGUCCGGCGAUCGGAACAGCGCGUCCUCGAGUUCCUCCACAACGAUGGACAAUCCGUACUUGUACAUCGUGAACAAGAUGCAGAGGAACUCGGGCGUGCCGAAGAGCCCGACCAGCAAGUCUGGCGAACUUUCUAGCAGCAGCAGCGGCCAUUACGACGCCGGAUACGACUCGUAUUCUUUGUCCUCCACGGACAGCCUUCCGCUGCAGCAAGGGCUGAAGCAUAAUCUACAGCUUGCCCAGAUCCCGGAAGGCUACCAAGCUUCCUCAGGCGACGACUGUGAACGCCUGUGCAAGGAGACCGACGCUCUUUUGGACAAAUCCCGAGCUGCCGAGGAUGCGGGCGACCUCAGCACCGCGGUCGCUUUGUGCAGCGCCGCGAGCAGCAAAGCCAGAGCCGCCAUGGACGCACCGUAUAACAACCCUCACACCAUCAGAACAGCCAGGAUGAAGCACAAUACUUGCGUGAUGAGGACCAGGAGUUUGCACAGAAGAAUGUUGCAGGAACAGGCGACAGUUAACGGUGAAAAAGAAGAAGGUGCGCCGGAAGGAAGACACUCGCGAGAGAACAGCAAAUCCAGCCAGCACUCUCGACAAAGUUCCAGAGACAAGGGGAACCAUUCCCGACAAAAUAGCCGUGAACUUUUAGUGAAUCCCCCGUCCGCAACUACCGACAAGCCGGCCACCAAGAGCAUCGAGAUCUACGCCACGUUGCCAAAAAAGAAGACCCUGCGCAGCAAGGCGACCGCCGUGAACGUAAUCGAGGACGAGGAGUACAUGCUGUACGAUCGACCGAUACAGAGGACGGGUCUGUUCAGUCGUACGAAACGUUGCGACGACGACAAGAAGGACAAGAAACGAGCUCGAAGCGAGGAGAGGAACAAGAACGUCUCCAAAGACUUCUCCGUCGCCCCCUCUCGAUCGUCUAUUGCGCCGAAAGGCGCCAAAAUGGAGAAAUCGAAGGAGACCGACACGAUCGCUAAUAACGCGCGUAACGUCCAAUCGAACAGCACGUCGAACGGCGAGCAGAAACAAGGCAAGAAACAGCACAAAAUUCGAAGGAAGCUGUUGAUGGGUGGGUUGAUCAAGAGGAAGAACAGGAGCAUGCCGGAUCUGCGAGAAGGCCAGGACGGACAGACGAACGUGAGCGUGGAGGGGACCUCGAACGCUUUACCGAAGCAGUCGGUGGACGAUUCCAGCGUUGGUUUGAAGGGCAACGAGGUGUGCCAGUCUCUGAGUGGUUAUCUGUCCGAGGGACAUCUAGAGUUUACUGGGAACAGUAACGGCAGCUCGGGCAGCAGCACCAGCAAUCCAAACUUGGAGAGAAGUCGCCUGAUGAGGAAGAGCUUCCACGGCAGUGCCGGCAAAGUGUUACACGUGGCGAAGGUCCCUCCGCCACCUCCGCUCAGGACCACUUCUCAGCUUAGCAAGUCUAAGUGUUCGGGCGAAGUGCACAACGAGCAACAGCCGGAGAAAUCGGUCUACUCAACGUCAGAGAGUCAGUGUUCGUCGAAUCCGUCUCAGGACCAGAACGGGACGUACUGGAAUCACGUGAACGCGGCAAACUCGACCGGCGGUGCUAAUCGAACAUCCAGCUACACCGAUUACUCGUCCGAGUCUCACUCACUCCCCUUUCUGCCUUCUUACGGCAUCGAGCAAAACGGCGGGAACGUGGCAACGUCUUGUCCGUCGAACUACAACAGCAAACCUAGAAUUCAGGACGACGUGGUGCAGUAUGCGAACGGGAUCCUGUACGAGCCCACGUUCGUGGUUACCAGGGCGGACGUGCACAACGAACAGAGCCCCGUGAAACAGCCGAAUCAGCUAGACUCUUUGCCUCCGUAUCCCGAAAACGGCAAUGUCUCCCAUUCGAGGCAACCCAGCGAGGAUUUCCCUCCUCCGCCGUAUCCUUCCAUUCAUUCUGUGUCUCACUCGAGACAAGCCAGCGAGGACUUUCCACCGCCUCCGCCACCCAUUGACGAAAGUUCCAAUCACAUUCAGGAUCAGCAACAGUAUCAGCAGCAACAGUACCAGCAUCAGUACCAGCAACAACAACAGUACCAGCAGUAUCAGCAGCAGCAGCAGCAGCAACAACAAGCUGUGUCUAUGCAACAGCGUCAGCAGCAGCUGGACAAUCAACAUAUUGGCGGCUUACUCUCCCAGUUGCAAAUGAAGCGAGAUCAGAUCCUAACCUGUGAGGCUCCGAGAGACGAGAAGAAAUCCGAGGAACAGGAGGACGAAGAGAAAUCGUCCGGAGAGACUUGGCUGCGCGAACUGCAGGCCAAACAGGCGGAGAGGAGGAUGAAGAAGCAGGGUUCUCUCGAGCAGGAUGUCUCGAAGGUUAGAUCGUCCGGUCCUACGAUCUCUGGGCCGACGAUCGCUAGGAGAACGAGCGAUUUGAUGAUGAACAGCCUCGGUCAAAGCUACGAUCAGUCCAGUCGCGACGUGACCGAUUGUCCGAGAGUGGUGUCCUCCGUCAAAGACAUGGCCGCUAGAUUCGAGCAGAUCAAGCUGCAACCGGCCGCGAAAUCUGAGCCUGAUCAGAAGAUUCCGACGAAGCAGAACGGCGUUUCUCCUUCUCCGUUGCUGGACGCCUCGCAGCACGCGGACAACGUUCAACACGCGGAGGAGCCGAGGCCAAUGAAACUUUCCGCGGAGAAUUUGACUAGCUUUGCGAAAACCGAGAGCUCGUCGAAUCAGUCGUUGAUGAAUUCGAGCUUCGAAUCUAGCUCCAGUCAGAACAGCUUCAUUUCAACCACACCAGCUCCGAGCAACGCCACGCAAACGCAGCAGAAUGGAUUGAAUCAGGCGAUCAUGUCGAUGUCUCUGACGCUGCCGCACGAGAACGGUCUGCCAAUCGAUUAUCCCGAGGACGAUAUCAGCGAGGUGGCCAUGCAGAAUACCAUACAGAACACGACGAUCCUGCCGAGCGAGGACGACAUCUCGCCGAGGAAAGUGAAACGACGAAUAGGGAAGAAGAAGAGCGUGUCGUUCUGCGACCAAGUGGUUCUCGUUGCGACGGCGGAGGACGACGAGAAAGACUCUUAUAUACCGAACCCGAUCCUCGAGAGGGUCCUCCGUUCGGCGAUGAACAAACCGGAGACUGCCCAAGUCCUUCGAGAGAUUCGAAGUCUUCAAGAGGCGGAGAUGAACAGAGAGAAUUGCACCGCAACGAAAUUCCAACAGCAGACUCUGCCGUUGAAAAGCGAGGCCGACAGCGUACCCGCGACUCCCUAUCAAGAUCAGUUGAGAAGCGUGAAUCCUAUACCGAUACCAGACACGAUCAAGCCUACUUUCGCGAGACAAAAUUCCAACGAGUCGGUGGGAUCGUUGUCGGACAAGAAACUGUGCGGUUCUUACGGCAACGAGGGGCAGGACGUUGUCAGGGACACCUACACGGGGCUUCCCAACGUGUCUAAACCGCCCACGUCGUACUCUCCUCAGCUGCAGCAGCAGAUAAGGUAUUCCCAAAAUGGUUACAUGCCGUAUCUGCAGUCUCAGUCAACGUAUCCUCAAGCGCAGACAUCUCAUCCGAGGAAUCAGAGCAUUCCCCUGUCUCAGACGCAGAAACCAGCCAGCCCUUACCCCACUCAGAUUCAAUACGUGCAGAACAACGUGCAGCAACAGAAGGCAAUGUGCCAGAAGAGCUCCUAUCAGACCUACUACCAAUUGGAGCAACAGCACAAUCAGAUGAACAAGCAAAUGUCUCAGCAGCAACAGCCCAGCAACAUGAACCAGAGGAUCGCGAGCCACAAUGCAAGCCCGAUAACCGUUCAACACUCUCAGCAACAGUUCGCCUAUCCACCGACUCAGUCGCCCAGCCCUUAUCAGAACCAGUACAGCCACAGUUCCUACCAGGGUUACCCCCAGUAUCAAUCCGUUUCUCAACAGAACAGAAUGAACCAACCACUUCCACAGUAUCAGCCGCCGCCGAAUCCGCCGUCCUCCUAUCCGCAACAGCAGAGCAUGCAGAAUUACCAACAGAGGCACGAUAAUUAUCAGAGGCCAGCUCAGAAGCCGGACCAGCAAAACAUUCUGGCGCCGAAUCAGACGUACCCGAACGCGUUGCAAAACGGGCAGAUACAGUCGAAUAUGAAGUAUCCGACGUAUCAACACCCACCGGUGUCGAAACAGAGCAAACAGAUGCAUUUCGUGCCGAUGUCGAAGGGCAACGCGGCGGUAGUAACGCAAUCCGCGUCCUCGUUGCAGAAGCCUGCGGUCGGUGGCAGUGCGAGAACCGCGCCGUGUCAUCUCUGCCGGAAGAAACAGGUGACCGAACCCGCCAUUUACUGUUCGGACUGCGACUUUUACAUGUCUCGCUUCCGGCCAAAGAACUGAGGGGGACUUUGUAACCUCCGUGUUGACGCACGACGGACGAAAAAUUGUUGUUGAAAAGACGAGUCGAUUUUUUGUUGAGAUGAUCCUUUCGUUCUAGGUGACGUAUAGAUGAAGUUUAAGUUAGUAACGUGUAGGAUAGUGCUGUCUAAACUAAGAUUCUUUUUUUUUUUUUUUUUUUUUUUUUUUUUGGUUUGUUUUUGUAUGUUAAUUAUGCAUAGAAAGAGAGAAAGAGAAAAAUUUGCCCGAGUGUUCGAAGAUUCGAGAGUAACAUUUCUCUUCUACGAGAGCAAGUAUUAGAUUUGUAUUAGAUUGUUAAAUAUCGUUGUAGGAAAUCCGGAAUUUUUCUUCUUUCGAUAGCAGCUGAUUAGUGAGAAUCUUGAAAUCUCGAAGGCUUCAAGUUUCGAAGUAUUGGAACCUCGAGUUCUUAAAGCUUCGAAAUCUUCUAGUCUCGAGGAUUUAAAGUCUGUAAAAAUUUGCAACGAACACGGACUGGGACCGCGAGUCAAAUCAACAUACGUGUUUUUUACGAACUCUCGAUUUUACGAUUAACUCGAAAUCAGCCGCAAAAUUUUCUGGCCCCACUAGCCGGAUGCCAUCGAAAGAUCAAAACCUCAGACGUGCGUUGAAACGGAGUUGAAACUUCGUCUUCGAUACGCGUAUACGAAAUUCUGUUGACUCUAGGCAAACUUAUGAUUGAUUUUGCAAAGGGUGAUAUCGCGCCACCCUCCACCCCACUUUUGUACAAAGUUAAAUUAGUUGUAGAUUUGUAUAAUCGAAGACCUUCGUCGUGCAGCUAUCAACUAUAGACACAUACUCGUUGUACCUAUUGAUUGUGUACUUAGCGACAUUUGUAAUUUAUAGCGGAUCAUAUUAUAUAGAAAGAAAGAUGUAGUUUCGCGUAAGUCAAUCGUAACUUCUUACGUAACAUCGUUUCGUGCUUCGUACGUUAGUCUAACCUAGCAAAUAUAGUUCCCUUAUAAUCCUUGUAUGAUUUGUACCGUUUACGAUUCUGUUGUACAUAGAGAUUAUUUCUGUGUAGCGUUUAUCUUCUGUGUAAAAAAAAAAAAAAAAAAAAAAAAAAAGAAGGAAAGAAAGAAAGAAACGAGCAAACAUCGUGUAUCGACGUUAACCCUCUUUCGAGGAUUAGAGCGUUUCUGUUUCACUCGCACGCAUACGUAUCAAAAAGACGCGGUCGUAAUUUCUGUUCGGCGAGAAGUCUACACUUUGUCGGAAUUGUGAUACUAGCCAUGCUCUACGUUAGGGUCUUAUCGUUAAAAGUUUAGGAAUCGUGCCGCGAUGAAACGAUACGGGUAGUCGCACAAAAAUCGAGGUGAAAUAGAGAAAGCGCGAAGGCAACAUGAUCUCUGAGUUGAAAGCGUGAAAAUUUAUAUUUUAUGUUGAUAGGCGUUGACGUUAUAUAUAUAUAUAUAUAUAUAUAUAUAUAUAUAUAUGUAAUUGUCGUGUACUUAACGAUUCCGUUUUAUUGUAACGAUCGUCUAUAUGUAUUAGAUCGAUGUACAAAUCCAAGCCCCCAGUUUUAUACAUUUUGUAUGAGUAUUUUGUUUUAAAAAUACUUGAUUUCCUCUCGUAUGUGACAUUGAAUAAUAAAGCGCCGUCGAAAUAUUUCAAA